AUGUUGAUGUACUUUUAUACAAAAGCUUUAUGCGAAGUAAAGGUUUAACAUUUCGUUACAUAGGUAUAAUAGCUAGGAAGUUCAGGGCGUUCCAAGAGAGAUGGCUACUGCCGUGGUGGGACAGCGGGGGCAUGUCGACAGCGCCGCUUUGGGCACUGGAUACACUCGUGCUCAUCGUCAAACUGUGCUCCACUUGUGCCAUUGCUGUUGUAAGGGUGCUAAUUCCACCGUCAAUGAAGAAUUUGUACGGAGAAACUGUUCUGAUCACCGGGUCAGGCCAGGGCCUGGGUCGCGAGCUAGCGAUACAGUUUGCUGAGCUGGGCGCCACCGUUAUCUGCUGGGACCACGACACGCCCCGGAACAACGCUGUUGUCAAUGAGAUACGGAAAAAGGACGGCGAGUGCUUCGGGUUCACAAUAGACGUGACGUCACGAGAGCAGGUUUCCUCGCUGGGCGCGCGGCUGCUACGUCAGCUGUCUGACGUCAGCAUCGUGGUGAUCAACGCAGGGACCUAUUCAUGCGGACCCGUGACUCACUUCAGGCCAGAAGCAAUUGCCAAGCUCAUUGAAAUUAAUCUACUGGCACAUUUCUGGAUUAUACAAGCGUUUCUCCCAAAUAUGAUUGAGAAGAGACGUGGUCACAUUGUGGCGAUAAACUCGAGCGCGGGCCUCAUGCCCUGCGCAGAAAUGGUGCCGUACUGUGCUGCUAAAUACGGCCUCAGAGGGUUGAUGGAUGCCAUAACGGAAGAGCUGCGCCUAGACACGUGGACGAAGAAUAUUUAUACGACGUCUGUGUACCUGGCGACCUUGUCUACCGGCUCGUAUCCCCCACCAGCGCACCGCUUCUCCUCCCUCUACCCGGAGGUCGCGCCAAAGGACGCCGCAAAAAUUAUUAUUGAUGGUAUUCGUAAAAAUCGUAAAGAAAUCAGCAUACCCUCAAUCAUGAAGCCACUGAUAGUUCUCAACAACAUACUGCCAUACCGAAUAAGAAUAAUUCUGAUGGAUUUCUUUAAUUUCGGUCACAGGGGUUGGUUUAGCUUUUGUUGACUUUGUUUAGAAUAUUUCGAUUAUACAUGUUACCAUAGAUUUUAAGUAUAUUUGUAUGGACAAGUUUUGUUUUUAGUUUAUACAAUGUUUUUUUUAUUUUCCGUAAGAAAAAUUACCGUGGCUUUUGUAAAAUAAUUAAGCGCCUUUCGACCUUCAACUAGCAAUUUUUCUCGAUCUUCUUUCUCAC